AUGGCGUCGACGUCCUACGCUCGCCCAAGCUCGUCCCAGCUGCCCCCGUCGGUCUUUAAUCCUCGUCGCCAUGUCAAUGUUCACGCAGAACGCGUCUCGGACGUCUCAAAUACCGAGUAUCCCGGUCAUUACCCGGGCGAGGACCACAGCUGGAACCUCGCUCACUUCAAACAGAACCUCAAGGUGAGCGUAAAGCGGCUGUCGCAGCGCUCAGUCGAAUUCGACCUCAUCGGCGUAGACGCGUCUAUCGCCAACGCCUUUCGUCGAAUCAUGAUCGCAGAGGUUCCGUCGCUGGCCAUCGAAAACGUAUAUGUGUGGAACAACACAUCUGUCAUCCACGACGAGGUCUUGGCCCACCGACUAGGCCUCGUCCCACUCAAUGUCGAUCCGUCGCUCUUUGACUACCGUGAAGACGUCCCAACGGACCGGAAUACACUAGUAUUCAGGUUGAAUGUCGCAUGCGAGGUCGACAAGAGUGCAUCGAAAGAAAAGGGGGCAUCUAGGAAAUUCCUGCAUGAGCUCGUCAAAAGCGGAGAUUUGGAAUGGAUCCCUCAAGGCGAACAAGCAGCUGUCUUUGCUGGUUGUACACCGGCACCAACGAACAAGGAAAUCGUUUUAGCAAAACUCAGGCCAGGUCAGGAAAUCGAGAUGGAGCUGCAUGCCAUUAAAAAUGUUGGUAAGGUGCAUGCGAAAUGGAGCCCUGUAGCUACCGCCUCAUAUCGUCUGCAUCCACUCAUCGUCCUGAACCCAUCGAAACCCGUUCCCCCGCAUCUUGGGGAAAAAUUCGCAGCAUGCUUCAGUCCAGGUGUCGUACAGAUAGACCGAGACGGCCAGAUAUCGAUACAUGAACACAAUAUGCGUAAGGAGAGUAUGUCGCGUGAGGUGCUCCGGCACAAGGAGUUUGAGGGCUGUGUGGAGCUUAAGCGGAUCAGAGACUGGUUCAUUUACACUAUUGAGUCCGAGGGGCCGUACGCGCCUGAGGACCUCUUCCCGGAGGCCAUUAAGGUUAUGCGUAGCAAGAUCGCGAACAUUCGCCAGGCUGCGGAGGGUUUACUUGCCGAUGCCGAUGGUGUGGACUUACCCAGGGCAUCGACGAUCGGCGCAGAUGUUGACGUCGUCAUGGAGGACGCUUAG